GGUUAUCAAUUAAAUAUACCAAUGAUUAAAGGCUUCUGACCGCUUCGCUUAUCAGCCUGUGCAUAAAAUCAUUGCAAGAUAAUACUUAAGACACAAAAUUUAAAUUAGUAUAUAUACUAACCAACUCACAAUGAAAACAGCAUUCACGAACUAAUUGCCAUAAUGUCUUUUUAUUUUCUUGUACUUAUUUCUUCGAGUGCGGUUUUCGCGGGUCCUUUACCCGAAGAACAUAUCGCUGGUCAACGCAUUGUCAACGGCGUAGAAACUACAAUAGAAGCUCGUCCUUACCAGGUAUCACUCCAGAAAAUAAGCACAGGAAACCAUUAUUGCGGAGGAAGCAUUAUUAGUGAAGACAUUGUGGUAACAGCCGCCCAUUGCUUAAGAAAUGUUGAAGCUUCUGAUUUGCAAGUGCGCUUAGGCUCUACGUAUUACAAUGAAGGUGGAAUAUUGGUGGGCGUUAAAGCUCUAAAAUCCCACGAACAAUACGACCGCGAACUCUUGUGGCAUGAUAUAGCCAUCCUCAAGUUGGAGAAGCCGAUUAAUCAAUCAUCGACGGUCCGUUACAUUGAAAUGGCUAAGGAAGUACCAAAGACGGGUACUUUUGCCGUUAUAUCUGGUUGGGGUACCAAAUGCUUUAUGAUGUGUGAUCUCUCCACCGCUCUGAUGGAAGUCGAAGUCACUUUCUUGGAACGUAAAGAUUGUGCUUCUCAAAAUUAUCAAUACGGUGAAAGAAUUAGAGAGACAAUGGUAUGUGGAUAUGCUAAAGACAAAGACUCUUGUCAAGGAGAUUCCGGUGGUCCUUUCGUCGCCGAAGGUAAAUUAGUCGGUGUUGUAU